GUUAACUUUAUCAAGGUAAUUCUAAUGAUUUUACAGCAGUUUUGUGGACCAUCUUUUACGAUUUUAGCAGCUUUUCAAGAGAUAUUCUGAUAUCAAACAACGAUCAUACUCCAACUGCAGCAGAUCACAAUCACCUCUUUACGGCAGAACGGGUUGAAUGCGAUAAAAGUGAAACCAGAAACAUGUCGGCGUUACUGAGCGACCAAGUAGUGUUGGGGGAGCCGAGGAACGAAAUGAACCCUCUUCUGGUAAAACCACCUCUGGGAAGGCCCCUAACUCGCUGCUACACCGCACCCUACAACGCAAACGGGACGUUUGGACAAUGCUACAACUUUAUCGACGGUGGUGUUCCAGCAGCACUGAACCAUUUCAACAUUGCUGUUGUAAAACCUUACAAUAAAAACGGAUUUGUGAAAGAUUUUAUUACACUCAACAAACAGGCCGCCACUGCUGGUUUAGUUAAAGCCGAAGAACAACAGGCCUACCGGGCUUCUCAUCAAGUUUUGAAAGCCAAGGCUGCUAAGACAAUGGUAUUAACGUAUCCCAAGAAAAUGUCUCCAGACUUCAUGACCUUUGGCGUCCCAACUAGACCCUCCACUCCAGUCUACGACUUGUUGGAGAACAGUUACCAAGAGAGAUGGAUCAGAGGGAUGAGGGACGCCGAGCAUGCACAGAGGGAACAGGAUAAGCAAGCUAAGCGGAGCAACAACAUCCAGGACACCAGGACAUCACUGAUGAGGAAGAAAGUUGUCAAGGUGGAGGACUCCAAACUCUGGCACAUGACCAGAUGGGGAAAAGUCAAGCCUUUUCUCAACACUUUUCCGAGUGAGAAGGCGAAAGUCAAAGCCAUGAGUAGACAUUAUCAGCAGAAAACGGCUUGAGAAUGAGACUUUUCAAUGUUUUGACUCGAAGAAAACGAGUAGAUUUAGCCCGACAAUCGCGGUUUAAAACAAUGAUGUGAUCAUUUUUAAAGAUUUUAGUUUGUCA